AUGGUCGCAUUCGUGCUCAUUAGGCAUCGCUUUCCCAAAAUCUAUUCACCACGGACGUACAUUGGCACCGUGCCAGAAAAGGAUCGCACGCCAUGUCCAAAAUCGCCAGGUUACUUCGACUGGAUUCACACUAUGAGAACCGUUCCGGAUAAGUUUGUGCUUUACCAUCAGUCGCUUGAUUCUUACCUGUUUCUUCGUUUCAUGAGGACUUUGAUAUUCAUCUGCAUAAUCGGCGCUCUCAUUACCUGGCCUGUUCUUCUGCCUGCCAAUUGGACUGGUGGCGGCAGCUCGAAAGAGCUUAAUCGCUUUGGCAUUGGCAAUGUGAAGAACAAGGACCAUCUCUAUGCGCAUGCUGUUGUGGCCUGGGUGUUCUUCAGUUUUGUCAUGUUCACGGUUGCGCGGGAACGACUCUGGCUCAUUGGACUACGGCAAGCAUGGAACCUGUCAAAACCGAACGCAAAGAGGUUGUCUUCACGUACCGUACUGUACCUCUCGGCGCCUACUGCAGCUCUCGACGAGGGCAACAUGCAGCGUUUUUUCGGAGAGGAUGCAGUCAGAAUUUGGCCUAUCACUAAGGGUGAGAAACUGGUAUCUCUCGUCUCGGAGAGGAACUCCAAGGUCGAAGAGUUGGAAAGCGCUGAGAUGUCUCUGAUCCUGAAUGUUAACAAAGAAGUCGGAAAGAGCCACAAUCGAAACAUCAAGUACGAGCAACUGCCGAAGCAGAUGAAGAAAUCUUUGCGGCCUACUCACAAAUCCAAGACACCAGUUGUUGGCAAGGAAGUUGACAGCAUCAGCUAUUAUCGGGAUCAGAUCAGAGAAAAAGAGGACGAUAUCGAGAAGGCCCGCGAGUCGAAUGAGACAGCCGAGAGUCUUGGUGGAGCUGCAGCAGUCUUUGUAGAGUUCCGCACGCAACCUGCGGCUCAGCGAGCGUACCAGCAGAUCGCAUCGGCUGACGUCCUUUCUCUUACGCCUCGCUUCGUCGGGACUACGCCCAACGAAGUUGUCUGGGCCAACUUAAAUCUAGCACCUGCUCGUCGCAUAUCACAGAGUGGCGUCGCCCUGACUCUCGUAAUCGCUACGAUUGCGUUUUGGUCCAUUCCAGUCGGCAUAGUUGGUGCUCUUUCUAACGUUCAAUAUCUUGCUGAGAAUUUUAAAUGGCUCGCGUUUCUCAACAAGAUUCCAUCAGGGAUUAUGAGCCUUCUGAGUGGUCUACUCCCUCCACUGGUGCUAAGCGCGUUAGCCAGAUAUGUACCGAACAUCUUCAGAUACAUCUUUACUACCUUUGGAGAGCCGACCAAGACUGUCAUUGAGAUUAAGGUGCUGAAGUGGUACUUCGUUUUCCAGGUACUCCAAGUCUUCCUUGUGACAACACUCGCUUCGGGUGCUGCGGCAGUAGCAUCACAAAUUGUUCAAGACCCAAGCUCGGUACCUCAACUUCUUGCAGAGCGUCUGCCAAGGGCAUCAAACACAUACCUCGCGUACUUUGUCGUCCAAGCUUUGACUAAUGCCCCGAGCAACAUACUGAACUACACCGACGUUCUCUCGUUCUGGUUCUUUGACAAGUUCUUUGACAAGACGCCUCGCCAGAAGUACAAUAGCUACAUCACAAUGAGGGGCAUGGCUUGGGGCAAGCUUUUCCCGAAGUAUGGCAACUUUGUCAUAAUUGCAAUCGUUUACGCCUGUAUUGCACCUCUCGUUCUUGGCUUCGCCGCCAUUGGCCUAGUGAUAUUCUACUGGAGUUAUCGACACCAGCUAUUAUAUACCGCACAGCCCAAGAUUGACACCAAAGGACAUGCCUAUACGCUCUCUCUACAACAGAUCCUUGUUGGAAUCUACCUCGCUGAGAUCUGUCUUAUCGGUCUCUUCAGCUUACGCGACGCGACUGGUCCCUUAAUCAUGCUUGUCGUCCUACUCCUUGCUACGAUCAUGUUCAACUAUACCACGAACCGCUACCUUGCUCCCCUCGAGCAGUUUUUACCUGCAGAUCUUGCACUCGAAUCUGAAGACGAUGAGCAAGCACCACUGCUAUCUUCCGCAGAGGAAGGCGAGUCGGAUGCUUUGGAGCACGCAGAGUCAAGGAUCAAUCGUAUAAGCGAACGGACACGCGUACCAUCCAACGUUGUCUCACCACUGGCCCGCUUUCUGCAGCCACACGUCUUCGGUAGCCAUACUGCCUUGAAGGCUUGGCUUCGCGAUGGCGAUUUUAACGAAGACGAAGAACCACAAUACAGCGAAGAGGAUCUGAAGAAGGCAUAUCUCAACCCAGCCUUCACCAGCAAGACGCCCAUAGUCUGGUUGGCCAAGGACAGUAUCGGUGCUAGUAAGCACGAGAUCAGUGAGAACGAGAAAACUGGGUUGAAGGCUACCGACCAAGGUGCAUGGGUUACAGGGGACGGGAAAUUGAAAUGGAGUGUGGACAACUUUGAGGAGCUGCCAGUGUUCAAGAAGGCUAUCAAAUGGUGA